GCGCGCUCAGCUCUUCUGCCCUGAUCCUCCACUGCGCCCCGCAGCGCAUCAGCAUCAGCAUCAGCGCGCGCGCAAGCGAGAGCGCGAGAGCGCGAGAGAGAGAGAGAGAGAGAGAGCGCGAGAGAGAGAGACACCCCCGUCGCGCGCCCGGGUUCCUUCAAUCUGGAGCGUCAGAUGGCAGCGCUGCAUCUUUCAUCCCCAGCUUUUUCUAACCGGUUUGAGCGCGCGACUUUUCUUUUCGUGUCUUGUCUUUCUUUUUUCUUUCUUUCUUUCUUUCUUUUUUUUUUUUUGGUAAAUCCCAUCAGGUUAUAGGGAGACCCGGGACCGAUUCCUGAUUCCCGAGGAUGCACAGCGUGUUAGAGACGCGCGCUCCAGCUUCAUCUCAUCACGCGCGGAUAAAUGAAUGUCCUCCGGUUAGCGUCCCGUGCUCCGGGAUAUAAAACCUGACAAGUUGAAGACUGCAUUCUCGGGAAAGGUUUGGAAGAGGGGAAGAGGGAAAAAAAAGGCAUGCAUGCGUGCUGCUUUAUUCUCUGGGAGGAGCGCUGAGCGCGGCUCGGUCUCCGUGACCCCCCACCGGAGCGCUUUGUCUCGUGCAGGAGGCGAAACAGCGCGAGCGCUACGUUUGUUUGUUUCCCCAGUAUCUUAUUUGCUGCACAGAACAAUUUGACCAACUCGAAAACAAGUGUUGUGCAAUUGGACAGAACUGACCUGCCAUCCUGUGUAGGAGAAUUACACUGACAUUUCGGAGCUCGUGCACAAAUGGACUUUGUAAAGGUGUGAGAAGGGGGCACGAGCUGUUUAACUCCACACUGGAUGUUAUUGUUGUUAUUGUUGGGAGCUAAGGGAGGAGCGGGUGGGGAGUGGUAGAUAUUAAGGCAUGACUUCAGGAGGAGUGAGAGAUUAGAUUGUGCACGGUGCCUGGGGUCAGCCCGGUGAUUUUGGAGGGAUUUUGGUGGGAGUUUGAGUGGCGCACGUGCAGCGGGGCAGCCCGGAGUUCCGGAGCAUCAUGGGCUGCUGCAGUGGUCGCUGUACACUGGCCUUCAUCUGCGGCAUGCAGCUGAUUAGCAUUUUGGAACGACAAAUAUUUGACUUUCUUGGUUACCAGUGGGCGCCGAUCCUCACGAACUUCAUCCACAUCAUCACAGUGAUUCUGGGUCUGUUUGGGACGGUGCAGUUCAGGCCGCGAUAUGUCACCGGGUAUGCAGUCUGGCUGGUGCUCUGGGUCACCUGGAACGUCUUUGUCAUCUGCUUCUACUUGGAAGUGGGUGACCUUUCCAAGGACACAGACCUGAUCAUGACCUUUAAUAUUUCCAUGCAUCGCUCAUGGUGGAUGGAGAACGGCCCUGGGUGCAGGGUGACCCCUGUGACCCCUCCGCCCUCCUGGGCUCCUGAAGACCACCGCUACAUCAGCAUAGCCGGCUGCGUGCUGGAGUACCAGUAUGUGGAGGUGGCCCACAGUUCCCUGCAGAUCAUCCUGGCUCUGGCUGGGUUCAUCUACGCCUGUUACGUGGUGAAACUCAUUUCAGAAGAGGAAGACAGCUUUGACUUUAUAGGUGGCUUUGACUCCUACGGGUACCAAGGACCACAGAAGACGUCUCAUUUGCAACUACAACCAAUGUAUAUGUCGAAGUAACAAGGACAAACUGCCUUAUGAACCAGACUAUGAACUGCUGUCUCAACCUUUCGUCUUUUUACGUAAAUGUCUUAAUAUGAUAGUGUCUUAAGAACCAUUGGAGGAACGCAAGAUGUGGCACUUUAACCAGUCAACAACUGGAGAAAACUAGAGCCAAGGCACUGGAUUUUCUGCCUUUCUCAGUCUGGCAUAGCAUGUCUGGCUGGUUUAAGCAGGAGCAACAGCGCCAUCCUGUGGCUAAGACCCUCUCUUCUUCGUCUGACAGCAGAAACACAGCACAGGGGUUAUGUAAAAAAAAAAAAAAAAAAAAAGAGCAGGCUGCAUUCAUCUCUGUGGACAUCAACACUAGGGAUGGAACUGGAAGAUGAAAGACCAGAUGUUGUGCUGCGUUCUGAUAGACUCCAUUAGAAAAACUCACUUAACGAAUGUUUUGUAAACAGUCAGAAAUGGCUUUAGUCAUCUGAUGUAGUGCUGAGUGGUUAAUAGAGUAAAUUAAGGAGAAUUAUACAUGCGUGUUUACAUAUGGUAAUUCCAGUCAUUGGAAUACCGUAACUAGGUUGUCCUUAUGUCUGAUAACUGUACUCUGAACAUGUUUUUAAUCUGUAUUAUGGAUGUUUUCAUCUUGAAAGUGCCAAGAACAGUUCCAACAAACCAAAACUGCCCAGAGAUUUACAACAGCAGUCAAAAAAAAAUCCACCAAUCAAUUUCGCCUGUUGGACGUCGUCCGCAGAUCAGCUGUAUUUGUUGCAUGAGGUGUCAUGUUGAAUCGCAUAUUUAAUCGGUGACAGCAGGAAUUAGCCGAGCCUUCCUCUAAGCUGGCUCAAAAGGUUCUGUGAAUAUUGUGCUUUCUAAGACGGUGUUCAGUCUCAUGAAGAAGAAAACGAAGAGAAAACAAACUUUCUUCCUAUUCCAAGCUUUUUUUAUUUCUAACGUGUGCCAGUGUUCAGUCUUUUUCUAGUAGACUAAUAAUUUGUUGUAAUGGUGGGCCUUUCUGUUUAACUGUAUAUAGACACCUGGAGGGGGGAGAAAAAAGCUGCGCUGUUUUUUCAGUAGUGUGAUGUGAGAGGAGUGUGUGGUAGAGUUUGUGGUGUGGCCAAAUGUGCUUUAUUUUGUGUAGUUGCCAUUGCAGGAACCCAUGAGGAGCCCUAAAAGCGUAUGUGCUUUCUCUGCAGAAUUGUUCCUUUGACGUCACAGAACUAACAGCAUUAGUUUUAGUCCAUUAACACACUGCACACACUGCAGACAAAUCAUUUACAACACACACACAUUCGGUUCUUUUACCUCCCAAGUGUACUGAAUGGCCUUUUGUGGAAAUACUAUCAACCAUGCUUCUAAGUGAAUACAAAAGAAAGUUACAAAAGAGAGUUUAAAAUGAGUUCCUCUUUUUUAAACUGCACUUUCACUCCCCAGUAGUAUUUCAACAUCUUUUAUUAAAUCCGGGAUGAUACAUGAAGGUAAGCAAAAUCAUUUAGAGGAGGAAAUAACUCACAAAUGAAUCCACAUCCUCUAAAAAUAGUUAUAUGUGUGUUUCUCCUGCGUGUAGUCACCCACCUUUGGAGAAACUGACAAAACAGAAGUCUCUGUGUUAAGAAAAACUUUCCAAGUCUUUACGAAAAGUGCAUGACACUAUCCUCCAAUUAAUAACACUUUGGCCUCCUGCUGACAAGCCGAAAUGAGCAUUUUUCAUCACUUCCCUCAUGAAUUGCACUGGAGCUUUGAUGAUUAAUCAAGAUAUCGCAGCAGCGCCACUUUUCAGGCUUUAUCGGCUAAUAAUUCCCCACAGUCAUCGCUCUUAGUUGCAGACGUACAGGAUGAAUAUGAAUAUGCUAGAUGAUAGUGUGAAUUUACACCGUUAAAAGAGAUCACAGUGCGUGUUACAUCUGUCUUUGUACUUCUGCCUUGGAAAUGAAAUAUUAAAGCGACAAAGGGUAAGCGGUGUGCAAUUGACUUGAAAACCGAACUCGCAGGAUUCAUUAGUUUAUUACGCCGAGUUUAUCACAUCAGCUUGACUGCAGCACCGGUUAUAUUACAUUUCUCCUCAAAGACUUGUGUAAAUAUACAGUAUCUCUAUUCCAGACAUGGUGCUUGAUCAACCCUAACAAGAUGAAGCGAUCACGCAUCAGGUGCCAUCUCUCACUCUGCCAGCUGGAGAGAGGUUUACAGGAUUGUUUAUAUCUAAGAUUUGAUGUCAUGAGUUCAAAUCAAGCAAAUGGGAGAAUGAUGCUUCUUAUUGGUUUAUAUAUAGAUGACACCAUUCUGACGAGCUUUAUAUACCAAACGUUCUGUGUUUAAUGAGUCUACAUUUCAAAGAAUGGCCUUGUAAUAGUAUUUAGAAGGUACUUCCGAAUUAGUGGUCAAAUCUAGGUUUGUGGAAUUCUAUCAAGAUGUUUUAGUGGUUUUCUUAGGAUCUCAGUUUAGACCUCAUCAACCACCAGACAGUCCAGACUUCAAGUCAUUUAUUCCAGUUUCUACACUCUUUAGUCUAGGAUUACCUGGCUCCGGUGUUUCCGACCUGGAACAAAGCAAAAACAUGGACUGUUUGGAGGUUCUAGAGGUCUGGAUUGGAUUUAUUUCUGCAGAUUUAGGCUGGAAUGACUGGGUUCAGUGCUGUGUUCAGUUUUUUUGAAUAGAUCUUGUAUUUUAUUUCUUUUCUAUUUCUGUUCCUUUACAAGAAUGACUGUAAAUAUAAUAAACCACAGUGGAACAAAAA